AUAAAUAUAUAUCAACGAUAACAAUAUAUAAAUUUUAUACAUUUCAUUGGUUGCUCAUAAAGCCAAGAAUGCAAGAAAACUCUGAGUUUGAUUCGAAACAUUUUUAUAAUUUUGACAUUUGCACGACGACAGACGUCGCAUUUGUUCGUGAAUAAAGAUUCGUCGUUUUCGUACGAAGAGCCGAUUAAUUACCGAAAGAAAAAUUCUUGUUUCUCUCGCGAGCCUUUCGAAUGGCAGAAAGGCAAACGAUGCAAGUUAUACGAAUCACGAUCAUGUUGCAAGAUCAAGAUCUUUAGUGAAAAAUAACCAAGCCUGUCGCUGUGGGUAGAACAUCGAUGAGAAAAGUUUGAUCCGUGAAGCAGUUUUAAAUGGAGAAUCAUCUUUCAUGACUUACUUAAAGAAAAAAUCAUCAACAUUUUUAACAACUCAAUAAUUCUGAAAUCCUAAAAAAGAAAAAAAAAAAAGAAAAUUGAAGAUAACUUUGCAAUGCCACAUUGCACAACAAAUUUUGCCUGGUAUCUUGGAAAAUUUCUCAUUGGAUUUACAGGAAUGCUGAUUUUAUAUAUGAGUUUUUUAAAAGACAAAGAAUAUCCGUAUAAACCAGGGAUGAGAGAACCUUUAGCAGGAAAAAAGAGUCAAAAUAAUAAUACAUGCUCCAUAGGCGAUCAGAUAAAUGUCAAUGCAACGAAGCAAUGCAAACACAAAAGUAUGGCUGCACAUGUAAGAGGUCUAUGGUACGAAAAUAGGGGAAAAUGUUGUUGGAAAGAAAAAUGUUAUCCGAAGACGAUCGCAUCGAAAUAUCUCAUUAAGAACAACAAUGCUGUUAAUAUGAGGACACGUCGAUCUUUCUAUUCUAAAAAACAAACGAAGUUUCUAGAUUUGACUGUACGUAACGAAAAAGUAUAUUCCUGUAAGUGUCGUUGGUACAAGUCCAUUAAUGGUACUUGUAUUAAACAUAAAUCAAAUAAAAUCAAAAGACAAAAGUGUAUACGAGUUUCGAAGGAUACCGUGGCUGAUCUUUGGAAAAUACAAAGAGUAUGCGACAUGAUAAAGUCACAGAAUAACGUUGGACGAUUCCAAGAUGAGUCUGUGAAUAUCGAAAAAUUGGUACAAGAGGAAACUACUUCGAGUUCAUACAUCGAUGCUAAAAAUUGUUUCGUUCAAGACGCUUAUACUCAAUCUGUAUGUAAAAAGAAAGAAAAAGAAAUAGAUGAAUUUAGAAAGAGCGACGAAGAGGAUGAAUCGUUUAAUCACAAAAAUAAAAUCAAUGUUAAAAAUCAAACAAUUUCUAACGAAAACUCAACGGAUCUAUCAUUCAACUUUUACGAAGCCGCUGAAAAAAUACAAGAUAAAUAUGAAAAAAUUUCCUUAAAUUACGAUUUCGAAUGGAGAAAAAGUGUUAACGUUGAAACUUCAACUUCUUUGGAAAAAGAAAAUAAAUCAAGUACAAUAGUAACAUGUUCCGUUUCAAAAAAUGAUACUGAUCUACCAUACAUCCCUGAGCUUGAAUUAAAAGAGGUAUGUGAUUGUAAUCCAACGUGUAAUUGCGAGUAUCAAUUUUCGACAGAACGUUUUGGGGACAAUGAUAUUGAAGAAAAAAAUAAACUUGAAAUUUGGAAAAAGUAUAAUCGAGAAACGAUUCCAAACAGAUCUAAACAAAAUCGAAUGUUAGAAACUAGAAAUCAAGGUCAUUGGAAUUCGGAUAUCACUAAUUCUUCUUAUUGUGUCGAAAAUAAUCGACAUGUUUAUAACGAGCUAAGAUCGAGUACAAGUACAGAAUCUCUGAUUUACCCACAAGCAAAAAUGAAGAUAACACGUACUAGUAGCCAUGAUCGAGGCUAUUCAUUGUUCUUAAAACGUUUAGAAAGAAUCAAAAAAGAUCCUCGGAGAAGAAAAGACAAUUCUGUCUUUCCAUUAAUCCGUAGAAUUAAUAUUAAGGAAGAUUAUAGCGAUCGUGAUUAUAGUGAUCAAUCCUUGUGUCGUUGUCAACGUUUUCAUCGAGAUAUAAAACCAAAAAUGAUUAUUGAAGAUAAAUUCGAAGACACCGAAACGAGUCGAUCCAAAGCGUCAUCCUCUUCAACGAGUCUUUCAUCUAACGAUUACAAUAAAUCUGCUCGAUCAUUUCUUUACGAUAACAAUUGUAAAUGUCGAUGUUUAUCCACCGUUACAUCUAGUACAUCUACUUGCACCUGUACAUCUACCGAUCUACAAUCUGAAGUAGAAUACAAAGGCAUUGAAAAAGAAUCAUCGAAAAUCCAUUAUCCAUUAAAUCCAUUAUCGUCAACCAUAACAUAUAAUGAUGAUAAUAAUAAUAAUUAUUAUAAUAAUAAUAAUAAAAAUUCAAUUCGCCAUUUCAAUGUGAUGAGAUCAUAUUGCCAAAAUACAUUGUCCCUCAUGAAUAGAAGAUUGCAAAAUCGUGACAAAUGGAUAAAUGAUCAUAUAUUGUAAUUAAUAAAUAAUUUCAAGCAUAUUUUACUCGACGAUAUUAUGAAUUGGAAAAGAACAAAAUAAAGAAAUAUGAGAAAAAUAUCACGUUGUAAUGAAUGAAAACGGAAAAAAGAAAAGGAAAGAAAAAGAAAAUAAGUUAUAUGCUAAAUGCUU